AUGGGAGCUGGCAGGAGGAGCUGCCCAGCAAUUCAGUUUUCCUCGGUUAUUAUUGAGCUUGCUUUGGCAAAUGUAGUGCAGAAGUUCGAUCGGAAACUGCCAACAUCAGCUGAAGAUUUAGAUAUGGCUUGCGUAAAGGAUCUCCUCUUGAACUCCAUUGCUGUUCCACAUCGAUCGUCAGCUUGCAAGGGUUUGCAUACAUUGGUUGGUGCAGCAGCUCUCUCAAUAAAUCCUGGAUUUUGUUUCAAGGUCGAUUAUUUAAAGGUGGUCAUACUGCUCCAGCAAGAUAUGUUUACUGCGGGUACUGAUACCACGCAUACAACCCUAGAGUGGGCGAUGGCUGAGCUUACAAGGCAUCCAAGGGUCAUUGAUAAGUCACAGACUGAGGGGAGGGGAAUAGUUGCAAGCAAAACAGAUAGAGAGGAUGAUUUGGUCGAAAUGCACUACUCGAAGGCGGUGAUCAAGGAAACUCUUCAGUUACACCCCCCAGUUCCGCUACUGAUUUCCAGGCUGUCGACCGGAGAUGUGAAAAUACAUGGUUGCAACAUUAAAGCCAAUACACAAGUACUGGUCAAUGUAUGGCAGACUGCAAGAGAUCCUAAGCGUACUAAAAACCGAACAUCGAAAGUACCCUCUCGAGGCCGUUGUUGUCCCGUACAAAAUUCCAUCUUUCUGAAGGUGUAA